AUGGACUAUGUCACCCGAGGGGUUUGUGGCCAAGAGUCAUGCCGUGAGCGAAGGUAUUAUCUCGACAAUGGCCAAUGGUUCUGUCGCCGCGGUCAUUUGCAGGAGGGCACGCAAGUUGAAGAAGAUGCGGAUGAUUUCGGAAAGCUAGGUAGGAUCAGCCGGGUGAAGAGAGAGAAGGAGGAGAAAUCGAGAAAGACUGCUCGAGGUCGGAAGGCACAAACCCUGCUCUUGCAAGCUUAUCAGAUAAUUCUGUGGAAACAAUGCUAUGCUCUAAUUCAUGAUCAUGGGUUCCCAGAGGAAUACGAGGGCGUUGUUCGUGACCUCUGGGCUCUCAAGCUCCAGGACUACACGUCGAACAUCAUCGAGUCUACAGACGACGAGGAUGUUGAUAGUGAGCCCGAGCUUUUCAGCUCACAGCCCUCGCAAAAGGACGAAGAUGAACCGAGCGUCACAAUCAGACCUACGUAUCACACUUGGCCUCGCAUUUCUGAGACUGUGGCCCUGUGUUAUCUAGCGGCAAUUAUAAUGCAGCUUCCAAUCUGUCUCUCUGAUUUCUACAGGUUGAUUCUGCGCCAAGAUAUUCCUUAUAUUCGGCCCUUGAAGGUGGUUCCUCGGGAAAUCAAGAGGCAGCUUCCUCCGGAGUUUACUCGAAUCCUCACGGUCAACAGGAUACCAAGGGUGGAGGUUUUGCAUCGGACGCUCAGAGAUAUAGCGCUCCGCUAUCAACGCAAGUUUGGAAUUGAGCUACCUCCCAUGAACUCCCCUAUCAUAUUUUACCGUCACAUCAAAAGAUUAGCUCUCCCAGUUGAUGUGUACGAGAUCAUCCUGACGCUCCAAAAGCUCCUCGGUUUCACAUUCGAGUACCCAGAGUACCUUAAUGAUGACAAGCGUAUAGAAUCGCUUCAACUGCCUGAAAUCCAGAUGAUGGCUUUAAUUGUCAUAGCCACCAAAUUGCUUUUCCCAUUUGAUAAUAUACCAAGGAACCCUGCUACAGACCUAGAGCCCACCGCUCAGGGCAUCGACUGGCAGGAAUGGAUCCGAGCUCAGCAACAAUUCGAAUCCCAAAAACACUGCGAGGGGAAGAUUGGGGUAGAAAAAGCUAUCCAAGUAUCCGAAGCGGAUGUAUCGAGGAUGGAACCUCACCAGUUAGAUGAGUACCUGGACUGGUACGAAAAAGACUGGUUGGAUAGCACGAAGGACCCUCAUGAGCUUGCCGAAAUGUUCGCCCCUUCAGAAACAGAGAAAAAAACCCCGCCAAGGCAUGAUCCCGGUGCGGAACAAGCUGAUUAUACCGACGAAGACAAAGAGCUUGAUGCUCUUCUACGAAAAGUCACGGAAGGUAUACUCUCAGUGCCCAUUGUUCCAGACCAGGAGGGAGAGAUAGUUGCCAGACCGGGCAUGUGGUACCGUCGAUACAGAAGGGUGUCAGCGCUUCCCGCAGAAGCACGCCCAUUUUAUGAGUUAGCGGCUAAACUUGCAGGCGUCUCAUUGCAUAAGCUUGUCCGAGCAGUAUCAGCUGCUGAAUGGCGGCUUGGGCAUGGACUAGAAUAUCAGGCGCGCUCGGAGUAUUCGGAAUAUGAAUCAGAAUCCAAUAGUGAAGACGGUUCUGAUCUUGAAGAGGGAUCCGAUCUAGAUAUUGGAUCUGAUCUUGAAGAAAGAUCUCAUGGGGAAGAGGAAUCCGAUAUUGACGUCGCCGAUGAUGAGGCUGAUGAAGAUCAUGAAUUUGAUGGAGGGCUACGUGGGAAUAGUGGGGACGAGAUGGAUGAACUAAAUGAACUAGAUGAGCAGCUAAUGGGGCUGGGUGUUGGGGAUGAAUAA